AUGUACGAGAAUUUUGCUGUCGAUAAUAAAAAAUAUGUAGAAACACUGAAGAUCGAAAAAAAUAAGCUGGUAACUAAGAAAAAGGAUUUAGAAAAACAGAUAUCCGAUCUAAAAUCAAUGAAAAGUGCGGAAAUAGAGAAAGAAUUGCACGUUUCGAAAGAUAAAAAACAAGAGUUGAACCAAGAAAUUACUAUGUUACAAAAACUUAUUGAAGAUAAGGAAACAGAGUUAAGCUCACUGCUAAAGCACAAGGAAGAAAUAGAUUUGAAUUUUCAAAAAAAUUUAGACCAGUUGUCAAGUAUUAAAAAAAAACUUGAAGAAUUAGAAUCUGCUAUUGAAGAGUUUAAAAAAUCGCUAAAGGUCGCAAAUGAAAAACAACUGGAAAAAGUAGCUUUACAAGAAAAAAUUCACACUAAAAUAUCUUGCCUUAAAGCUACAAGCCAAAAGUUUGAAAAAGAAAAGUCGAACUUAUUGACCAAAAGAGAUCAGUUAAAUAAGCUCAAACAAUACAAACUUGACUUAAUUUCCGAUAUUUUCCAGCAAUGGCAGAACUUGAAUUUCGAUGAUAUAGUUCGAGAUCUGGAAAAAGACAAAGAACGAAAAGAAGAAUUGCAAAUUAUUCAAACAUAA